AUUAUCUUCGAACUGGACGUCCAUUUAUUGAAACAUAUGCCUUCUUAUUUUGUAUUCUUCAUAUAAUUAGUGCAAUUCUAUUUUUUCACAAUCGUGGAAUGUUUAUUGUAUUGUCUAUGGAAAACAACGUGAAGAAUCAAGGGAGCAAGCCUGUUGGUUUCGCUAAAUAUACUAGUUCCUUUACUUCUUCCUCUACUUCCUCACCACUUUCAACUAAAUCUACU